ACUUUCUUUCUCGGCUUCCGAGGCCAUUUCUGUUUUGAAUUUGUUGAUGUCGCCCGGAGCUCGCUCGUCUGCGGAUCGCUAUCGCCAUGGUCGACUAGUGGUUUAGUUAUACUUGGUUUUCGUAGCAAAGGUUAGUUUCUGGGAGGAACCGGUGGAACAACUUGCCAGGGGUGUUUUCUGGUUGUCAGGGAGCUAUGUACAUCAAAGAGAUAUGUCUGGAGGGGUUUAAGUCGUACGCGACGCGGACGACGGUGACAAACUUCGACCCGGUGUUCAAUGCCAUUACGGGGUACAAUGGCUCUGGGAAAUCCAAUAUCUUGGACUCUAUCUGUUUCGUUAUGGGAAUUACCAACUUGCAGCAGGUCAGAGUGGCUAAUUUGCAGGAGUUGGUGUACAAGCAAGGGCAGGCCGGAGUAACUAAGGCCACUGUGUCGAUUGUGUUCUCUAAUGCUGACAAAUCGCGCAGCCCCAUCGGUUAUGAGGAGCAUGACGAGAUUACUAUCACUCGUCAGAUUGUGGUUGGGGGUCGGAACAAGUACCUCAUCAAUGGACACCUCGCUCAGCCAAGCAAAGUGCAAAAUCUUUUCCAUUCAGUCCAGCUCAAUGUGAACAACCCACAUUUUCUUAUUAUGCAAGGUCGGAUAACAAAGGUUCUUAACAUGAAGCCUCAGGAGACAUUGUCCAUGCUGGAGGAAGCGGCAGGGACUCGAAUGUAUGAGAUGAAAAAAGAAGGGGCCCUGAAAACACUUGAAAAGAAACAAAUGAAGGUGGAUGAGAUUGAUAAUGUGCUGAACCAUGAUAUUUUGCCUGCCCUCGAGAAACUUCGUAAAGAGCGUGCUCAAUAUAUGCAGUGGUCUUCCGGGAAUGGGCAACUUGAACGUCUGAAGCGCUUCUGUAUUGCUUAUCAGUACUCCAGUGCUGAUCAGGUUAAGAACUCAGCACUCUCUGAGAUCUCUGACCGUAAGUCAAAGAUUGCGGAGUUGCAAGAGGAGUACUUCAAGAUUGAAGCUGGGGUUACAGAAAUGGAGGGUAAAAUUGCUGCAAUGACAGAGGAAAAAGAAAAACACAUGAGCAGUGAUUUUAAAGUUCUGUCUGAAAUGGUGGAUAAACUUUCGAAGGAGCUUGUGAAAGUCGGCUCGGCUGUUAACAAUCAGAAAGACAGCUUAGAAGUUGAGAAAAAAUCUGUUGCCAAGUCACAAAAAGCUUUAUGUGAGCUGGAGAAAGGGGUGGCUGAGAAAGACGAUGCUGUGCGUCAAUUUGAAGAAGACGCAUCUGCUUUCACCCAGAAAGUUGAAAGUUUGACAACGAGGUUGGCGGAGAGAGAGGCCGAUUACCAGGGUGUACAAGCAGGGAAGAGUAGCGGCGGAGAUCAAAAGAGCUUGGCAGAUCAGCUUGUCGAUGCCAAUACAGCGGUUGGCAAAGCCGCCACUGAGGUCAAGCAGAGUAAGAUGAAAAUCAAACACCUCGAGAAAGAAUUGAAGGAGAAGAGGACUCAGCUAUCAUCUAAACAGAAGGAGGCCACAUCUAUAGAGAAGGAACAUGAAAUGCGAACAGUCGAGGUUAAGAAAAUCACGUCAGCUCUGCAAAGUUUGGGAUUCGAUGAAGAGCGCAUGACUAAACUCGAUAAGGCCCGUGGUGAUGAGAUUGAAAUUGUGAGAAAACUCAAGGCAGACGUGAGCACUCUCACUGGUGAGCUUAAUGGUGUGCAAUUCUCUUACAAUAAUCCAUCCCGAGACUUCGACCGCUCUAAGGUGAAAGGAGUUGUAGCGCGCCUCCUCAAAGUGAAGGAUCCCUCUACAAUGACAGCACUCGAGGUGACAGCUGGAGGAAAAAUGUUCAACGUAGUUGUGGAUAGUGAGCAAACUGGCAAGCUGCUGCUAGAGAAAGGUGGUCUCCAGCGUCGGAUCACUAUUAUCCCCCUCAACAAGAUCCAGGCUUCAGGAGUGCCUGAAAGAGCUCUUGCAGCAGCUAAAAAACUGGUGGGACCUAAAAACGCAAGAACUGCAUUGUCCCUUGUCGGUUACGAAGAAGAAAUAGAGGCUGCUAUGGCCUUUGUUUUUGGAGGCACAUUUGUGUGCACUGACAUGGACACAGCCAAGCAGGUGGCAUUUCACAAAGAUGUGAUGACAAGAUCGGUUACCCUGGAAGGAGAUAUCUUUGAGCCAAGGGGCCUUCUCACAGGAGGAUCCCGCAAAGGUGGUGGUGAACUCUUGAAGCGCCUUCAUGCUCUGGCAGAAGCUGAGGCAAUUCUGGCUCAGCAUACUCAGAAUCUUUCUGAGAUCGAAAGUGAAAUUGCAUCUCUGGCUCCUGUGCAAAAGAAAUUUCUUGAGCUCAAAUCGCAAUUGGAGCUUAAGACUUAUGAUCUCUCUCUAUUUGAAGGCCGAGCCGAGCAAAGCGAGCACCACAAGUUGGCUGAAGUAGUCGCAACUAUGACCGCUGAGCUGGAUACUGAACAAGCUGAGCUAGUGAAGAAAGAAACAGAUCACAAAGAAUGUCUGAACAGUGUGUCUACUUUGUCUGAAGCCAUUAACAAUCAUGGCCGAGAUCGGGAAAACCGUCUUAUAGCCUUGGAAAAGGAGAUCAAGUCACUGAAGAAGGAGUUAGCCUCCGUCUCCAAGGAGUUCAAGACGCAGGAGGCUGCAAGAGAAAGGCUAAUUAUGGAGAAAGACUUGGCCAUCGAAGAAAUGCAAACAUUGAACGCAGAAAUCAGUGCAAUGGAAGCCCAGAUCAAGGUUCUUGUGGAUACUCUCGGCCAGAUGGAAUCCAAGAGAGACGCUAUUGAAUCUGAGUUUACAAAGGCUAAUGGCGAACUUACCAAGAACCGAGAGAAAAUGAAAGCCUGCGACAACCAAAUUAGUGCCUUGAUCAAAGAGCAGGCUGCUCGGAAGCAAGAGCUUACAGACUGCCUUCUAAGUCAGAAGAGACUUGAUAAUGAGGUGAAACGCAUGGAAAGAGAGCAACUUGACUGUAGGAAGACCGUGGAGAAGUUGCAGGAGACCCAUCCAUGGAUUGCUACUGUGAAGCAGCUAUUUAAUCAACCUGGGACAGAAUUUGACUUUUCCACUCGAGAUUACGAUUCUGCUCGUCAGGAGCUUGAUGCUUUACAAACAGAGCAGAAGAAUCUUGAAAAGCGAGUCAACAAAAAAGCAGAGGCUAUGUUUGUUCAAGCCGAAAAGGACUACAUUGAUCUUUUGGACAAACGAAGGAUUGUUGAGGCUGACAAGGCGAAAAUCCAGAAAGUUAUUCAUGAGUUGGACGAGAAGAAAAAAGAGGUUCUAGAGGGCACCUGGAAGAGCGUGACUAAAGAUUUCGGCAAAAUAUUCUCCACACUGUUACCCGGUACAACGGCUAAACUUGAACCUCCGGAGGGUGCAAGUUUUUUGGAUGGUCUCGAAGUGAAGGUUGCAUUUGGAGGUGUAUGGAAGCAAUCGCUUUCAGAGCUCAGUGGUGGCCAGAGAUCCUUGUUGGCGCUCUCCCUCGUCCUCGCCUUGCUCUUGUUCAAACCAGCUCCUUUAUACAUUCUCGAUGAGGUGGACGCUGCUCUUGAUUUGAGUCACACACAGAACAUAGGUAGAAUGAUCAAAGAACACUUUCCACACUCGCAGUUCAUCGUAGUGUCGUUGAAGGAGGGCAUGUUUAAUAAUGCAAAUGUCAUCUUCCGGACCAAAUUUGUCGAUGGAGUCUCAACUGUCACAAGGACUGUACCGGGUGGAAGGCAGGUUCUUUCUAAAAGUCAAAGACCCACCCUGGAAGAAACUUCUCAAGCUUUCGAUUCCCAGUCAGCUUUUUAGCUACAAGCAUGUAUUUGGGUGCAUGCCUCCAUCAAAUGUAUCAAGCCGUGAAGGGUUGUUCCAGAAGUCGUAUAGAUGACACCUUGCUGCACUCUUCGUGCUUUUUUCUGUGAUUCAAGUAACUUUAGUUUGUAAUUUCAAGACUUUAGAGUUAAAUAUUUGUGAUUGUCCUGCAGUUUAAAGAGUUGGGUAUUUGUUUACUGCCUACAUUCCGAGGUAUAGAGGUUUUUGUAGAUACAGUUUGGCUACUAUGUAGAAUACAGCGUCAUCUUGGCUAGUACUAGCAGGACACUUCGGCAUCGCAGUCGACCUUUUAGUUUUUCAGUUGACCUACAUUUAGGGGUUGGAUUUAAGUUCAGAGUCUUGAACUUUUCAAUUGGCCAACAGUCAUAUAUAAAACAUAUCGCCUUCCGCUGUUGUAUUUCACCCUUAUCAAUGGGAUGUGUUUGAAGACAUUA